UAGUCGAGAAGUUGUUGCAUGAAGAUAGCUAACUCAGCUCUCAAAAUAAACAUUAACGGCGGAGAGAUGAAACAAAUGAAUUCAUUGCAACGUGUUCUGAUGCAUAAAUAAUGAAUGCAACGAUUUCAUUUCUCUAGUUUAGUAUCAUAACUUCAAGAGACGUGUCUUUAGAUAUCCCUUGCUGGAGGUCUUGUCUCGUUGCUAACGCGUAGCUAGCUCGCUACCACUGUUUCCACCGAAUACAUUUCAACGUUACGGCCAGCUAGUAAGCUGGCUAGCUAAUUGAAAAGAUUUAGCUAGCACUAUCCGACGAUACAGCAUCAAGUAUCCAGCUAUCAAUACAUGCAGUUUCGUCGUUGGUGAAUGUACAGCACAGUGAAUGUUUUUAGCUUGCUAACUAGCUAACGCUAGCCAAAUUAGCCACAACAAUGUCACAGGCGCACUGGACCAAAUUCGAAAAGGAGACAGAGGAAGAGGUGAAGAACCUGGUCAAACAGAUCAGUGGCAUUCAAGAUGAAGAAGAGCAGAACUUUCAACUGGCACUGAAAUUUACCUGGUCCAAUUUCAGGUUUCACCGUUUCCUAGAUGCCAAUAGUCAUAAAGUUCAACGCAGUGUGAAUGGGAUCUAUGAGAAACUGAUGGUACAUUCAGACCUGAGUAAAGCAGAGAGCUGGGUCAGACUGACAGAGGAGUUCCUCAACUCACCUCUACCGAACACAGAUGGAACUAAGACUGACGUUCAUCACAGUCUCCUGGACCUUCUCCUACACCUCUCAGACUCUCCCCUUAACUCCAACUACAGCGAGACACCCAGACUGAAGGAGACGAAGAAAGAAGACGACUUUGACUGGUGUGGAUAUUUACAGGAAGGAGAGCUAGACACAGGCCCAUAUCCAGACACCCCA